GAGAGCAGAGAGGGAGUGAGUGAGCCGUGUGCUCUGGCUUAUCCUUGUCCUAUGCGGAUUUCACCACUGACUGCCGGCCCGAGCGACUCGCAUCAUCCAGGUUAGGCCUGGGUUUAGACGCCAACAUUCCCAUUCAAGGGAACCCUCACUGUUCGGCUCCUCUCUCACGUUUGCCGGAUAUAGGAGCGGAGGGAGAUCAUUGUGGUUGCUCUGCUGCUUAGCCGAUCCCGGCUGAGGGCACAACAUAUUAUCGGGACUUGGAGAGAGGAGAUAGCGGAGAGGCGAGGAUGCUCAGUGGACAAGGGGAGAGAUGAGUAAUGGGCAAGGGGCCUCCUAUAACUCCUGACAGAGAAGAGGAGCCUUCAAUGCCAUAUACUUCUCCUCUCCUCCUCCAGUCCACAUUCCCCCUUUCACCCCUUCUCUUCACUUGUUGAGUGGUUUUUCUCCCCAACUUUCUAUCCCUCCACAUCCUCCAUCACCCGUCACCAUGACAACCUCAGCCCUGCGUCGGCAGGUGAAGAAUAUUGUGCACAACUAUUCAGAAGCGGAGAUCAAGGUUCGCGAGGCCACCUCGAAUGACCCCUGGGGCCCAUCUUCGUCUCUCAUGUCAGAGAUCGCUGACUUGACAUUCAAUGUGGUGGCGUUUGCUGAGGUCAUGGGCAUGGUGUGGAAACGCCUCAACGACAGCGGCAAGAACUGGAGGCACGUCUACAAGGCCCUGACUCUGUUGGAUUACCUGCUGAAGACAGGAUCAGAGAGAGUGGCCCAACAGUGCCGUGAAAACGCAUUCACUAUUCAGACGCUACGCGACUUCCAGUACAUGGACCGUGACGGCAGAGAUCAGGGGGCCAACGUGAGAGAAAAGGCACGCCAACUGGUGUGUCUCCUCCGGGACGAGGAGCGGCUCCGCCAGGAGAGGAGUCAAGCCCUAAAGACCAAGGAGCGAAUGGCUGGGGGAGGCAGUGGAGGGGGUGGGGGUGGCAGUGGGGGCAGGCGAACAAGCCAGCCCAGCAUGGCUGUGCUGUACGGGGAGGAGUUCAGCCGAUCCAGAGGCUCUCCGUCCUCCUUCAACUCCUCGUCAUCGUCACCUCGCGCCGCCUCGGACCUGGAGCAGGCUCGGCCUCAGACCAGCGGCGAGGAGGAGCUGCAGCUCCAGCUGGCUUUAGCCAUGAGCAGGGAGGAGAGUCAGAAGGAGCAGUGUUGUCGCCAAGGAGACGAGUCUCUGUUACAGAAGGCCCUGGAUGAGAGCAGGAGAGAGAGUCAGUCGGGUACGCAGGAGUCGGCUAUGCUGGACUUGGUGGACAUAUUUGGCCCCUCAUCUGAGGCCCCACCUCAGCCUAAAGACCCUUGGAACUCUGCCCAACCCCCCGGUGACAUCACCUCUGACCCCUGGGACUCUGUAGCGGUUCACUCCAGCACUCCUGUGAUUGGUAGCCCGUGGACGGCCCCUCACUUAUCCUCCAACGAGUCCAAUCCUUGGGCUCCAUGUGCGGACUCACGCACAGACCCCUGGGAAGCAGCGCCUCUCUCCCCCAGUCCUGUCAAUCAUGACUGGGACAGCCCAACAGAUGGAGAUGGGGAAGAGACAGAUCCGUUUGCUGCACAGGAAGAAGAGAAUCCUAAACAGGAUGUCCCUCAAGUGUCCUCCCCUCAACCUGCUAGUCCCACAGAGCUGUUUGGGGUAAUGGCAGACACUGACCCAUUUGCAGAUUCUAAGCCAAAUCCAUUUGGGGCUGACACUCCGGUAAAACCCCUGGUAAAUGGACGAGAGUCGGCCAGCCCGGAGAUGUUUGAUCUGUCCCGGCUGGCACCCCCGCUCAGCGCCCCAACUCCACGUAUGUGUCGAACCCCAGAGGCCUUCCUAGGAGCUACGGGGGCCUCGCUUGUCAAUUUAGACGCUCUCAUACCCUCCAACCCAUCUAGCAAGCUGCACAGCAACCCCUUCCUCUCAGGUCUGAGUGCUCCGUCUCCCACCAACCCCUUCCACUGCGACCAGCCUCGCCUCACCCUCAACCAAAUGCGACCAUGCUCUACAUCCCCACUGCCCCCACACAUGCUCUCCUACAGCCCGUCGCUGCCCCUCCCUCUGCCCCACCAGCCACCCAUCCUCCCCUCCUCUCUCACACAACCUCCCGCUGGACUCCUGGACCUUCCCUCCAACCUCCCACAGCCCCUGCUCCCCCUUUCUCCGCGACCACCGCAGCGCACUCAGUCACAGACACACAGCCACAACCCCUUCCUCUGAGACCUUCUGCAUCUUUCCAGCUCUGGUCUGCAGAGGGAGACAACAGAAUGGACUCUAUUUGGAUUAAUCUAUGCCGACUACAAUAAAACUAGUUUAAAUGAGCCUGAACUGGACUGCGGAUCCUGAUCUGAUGUCAUCGUGCACACUUGAAGCGGAUACAACUCGGACUGGAUGUAUUUGUGUCUGUCUGAAGACACAUCAGCUGCUAUAUAACCUGAACUCUUGAAGAAAAGCUAACACAGAAAAACACACACACGCACUCAGGCACACUUAAAGGUGCAUAGACACAAACAUGCACACACCACCAAACUAACAGGGUGUGCCUCCACUGUCCCUUCGAUGCCUUUUCCCCAUCAACAGUGACAACUCCGAGCACCUUUUGACCACAGAGCCAGAACUGUUUCUUUAGGAGAUCAGGAUGAGGCCACUUACUUUGAUUUUCCACCAAGAUUCACCAGAAUUCUUACCCCUGCUGCUUCACCGACAAAAGCAUGAAUGCAUCCCACCCCAAAGACUCAAAACUAAUUCUAUUCUGCUGAGCACCUGAGACCAGUUCUUCAAACAAGUCCUCUUUUUCUGAUGAGUCAAAUAUCUUGAGCUUUGUUGGCACAAUUGAAUCACCGGAGAAAGCCCAAAAGUGUGUUACUGUUAGAUUCAAGACAGCAUUCAGCACUGUUCAAGAACAAAUUGACUCAGGUAUUCCUUCCCACAUUUACGUCAUGACAUAUUUUGCAUUGCCUUGUUACCUUGCAAGCUCAACAGCAUCUGGUCCUAAGUUACUUAUGUUAUUUGUCCUAGUGGCCCCUAAAGGAUCUAGUUGGAUUGAAAACUGGACUAAACCAGCCUAAGCCAAACCUCAUUGUCUCAAUCUGGACCUAAACUGAUCACUGAUUGUACCCUAUCGGACCCGUGUGCCUGACUCUACAGCUGACCCACAAUGCAUUCCCAGCUGGUUUAUAUUGGCGCCAUGAAGGAGGACCUCAGGGAGACCGCUCUGUCCCUCCUCCGGUGAAAUUCAACCUUAGUCAAGGGAAAAGCAUUAGUCUACAGAAAAAAGAGGUGGGAGGAGUAAAAGAAAGAUGAAUAGAAAUAAGGUGAAACGAUUACAAAUAAUAAAGUGAUGUGUUGAGCAGUAGCUCCUCUAUUGUGCUAAAUAUUCACUUCUGUGUUUGGAACAAGAGAGGAGGUGUUUGGUCAUCACUGCACUGAACCUGGACUGAAUGUGAAAUCCCUGCCUAUAGAUACACACAGGCUUA